AUGGAGGUAUCCCGUGAUCAUCCCGAAGAAGAGCUGUCGCUUGAGGACACCCGGAUGAGCUUUGACUUUGAGUCUGCCCCUACAGAUGCAGGAGAAGACAGCGACAAUGCCUCGGACGAGUCACCUCCGCCUGUUGCGGCGCCAUCACCACAGCCGCAGGACCCUGAGCAGAAGCAAGAUGCUGCGCAUCCGGAGGUCUUGAAUAGUACCGAGGAUCAUGAGCAGGUCGUGAUAAGUUCAGAUGUGGUGGAGAGCGCUUGGGAGACUGGCAAACACACGCUGCCGAUAGGGAACAUCUCAAAUUUGUUCGAGAUCGCGCUUCGAAUACUACCGCCCGACGUCGUCGAACAGUACAGACGACCGCCGCCAAGCGACCACGUACUUCAAGUCCUUGAGAGGGUCGGUGUUUCUCGGGGUGCAGAGCGGUACAUGGUUGAAUUUGAUGACGGGAGGGUCGAAGAGAUGUCAUAUGACGAUCUUGUGAACUUCAGAAACGGACGGAAUAGUCUCAAAGCUUUCACGCGGUCUGAUCCAAGGCUGGACCAAUACGCCAACAUGUCCAAGAAGCGCAAAUUCAACCAGGACUCUGACUAUGACUCCGACGCAUUGUCGGAGUUGUCCGAGAUGGACGAGGAGGGUAUUGGCGGAUUUGAUGAUGGAGAAUCUGACGAAGAGAAUGACAGCGACGUGGUCAAAGAGCGAAUGCGAUCUCGUGGCAACCGUCGGCUCCAGGAUCUUCUAAACCCCCGCAGGAGGAGUUCUCGUCAAGCAUCCCUGCAGACCUCGGCAACUGGCACUUCUGGCGAUGACCAUGAGUCUGACUCCGGUCGACGUCGACUUCGGUCGCGCAAUACGCUGCGAUCCGCCAACAACGGGACGCACAAUGGUACCUCGAAUGCUUUUGAUGACGAUGCCGAUGAGCUUGCGGGCGAUGAUGACGACGGAGACUACACCCUCGUGAGAUCCGACCUCCAGCCUAUCAAGCCUAAGCGCCGCAGGAAGACUGCCAGAGGUCGACCUGCUGCUGCAUACCGAGCCUUGCGUGACGACUCGAUUGAGUUUGAGGCAAGGCGCUCCUCCAGGUCGAACAAGAACACAAAGAACAUGGCAGACAUGGUCAAUGUGGACGAUGACGUCUACGUUGAAGAAGACAGGGCUCCAGCCGCGCCCAAGGUCGUCAGCAUGAAGGAAGUCUUCCCGCUUGUAAGCGGAGACUUCAGGGAUGUCCACUCGCAUAAUUGUGAUACCUGCUACGGUGGCCCUCAUACUGCGGGAAAAGGACCUCUCAUUCCCUGCCAAGGAUGCUCGCUCUCUCAUCACAAAGCAUGCUUGGGUGUUCGCAGCCUCCGUGACCAUCUUGUGACCAAGAUCGGCCCGGAGCACUUCGUCCUCCAGUGCCGUUACUGCAUCGGACUUUAUAAGAAGAAGGAUCCGACUUGCCCGAGUCAUGAUAUGUGCCAGGCAUGUCAUGAAAAAGGUCUUGCCUGCGCCCCGUUCUCGACCAAGAAGACCCCCAAACAGGAGGAGAAACUGCGACAGGAAAACGGAGGUGUUGACCCAGUCACCCCCGUCGAUGGUGCACUAGUGAACAAAGCACAGAACGUGCUUUUCCGGUGCAAGGCCUGCCAUAGGGCCUAUCAUGUUGAGCAUUUGCCAAUGCCCGCUCACGUUGGUGGCGACGUCGAGUCCGAUCUCCGUACUGACUGCUUGGAGGAGUAUGCGAUCGAGUGGAAAUGCAGGGACUGUUUGGAUCAGACAGAGAAGGUUGCCGGUCUUGUCGCUUGGCGUCCCAGGGACCGUCAAUCUUACCAACCGGGCCAGCAAUUCUCCGACUUCAGCGAGGACGACAAGGAGUACCUCGUCAGGUGGGAGGGAAAAUCCUAUGCACACUGUACCUGGAAGCCUGGAGCCUGGAUUUGGGGCGUGACCAAUGCACGGAUGCGGACGGCCUUUGCCAAGCACAAGGGCACAGUGCUUCACUUCGAAGAGAAGGAUGCAAUCCCAAUGGAGUACCUCCUCGCAGACAUCAUGCUUGCCCUCAAGUAUAACCGCAAUGUGCGUGCCACUAGCAAAGAGGAAGAGAUGCAGCACAUCGUCAACAUCGCCGAGGCCAAGCUCAAAUUCCAAGGCCUGUCCUACGACGAGGCUGUCUGGGACAAGCCCCCUCCUCGCGAUUCCGGGCCGCUGUGGACCGCAUUCGAGGCCGCAUACCGCGAGUACCUUAGCGGCAAAUACUUUGAGAACGAGCCGGUUUCUGUGAUGAGGGCGCGGAUCUCGGAGCAUCUCGAGCGUGCUGAUGAGUUUGUUGAUCUCAAAGUCCAGCCUGCCGGACUCAAGCACAAGUUGCUGAGCUACCAGAUGGACGGUCUGAACUGGCUUCUAUGCAACUUUUACAUGGGCAAGAGCGUUGUCCUUGCAGACGAGAUGGGACUCGGCAAGACUGUACAGGUGAUCGCUUUCAUAACGUCGCUUGUCCAAGAUUCGCCUCGUUGUUGGCCAUUCUUGAUUGUCGUUCCCAACUCGACUUGUCCCAACUGGCGCCGCGAGAUAAAGACUUGGGCCCCGGAUCUCAGGGUGGUCACAUAUCACGGUGGCAAGGCCGCUCAGACCCUUGCUUACGAGAAUGAACUGUUUCCGGGAGGUUCAAAGGACAUGAAGGCCCAUGUCGUCAUCAUGUCUUAUGACUCUGCACAGGAUGAUGAGACGAGGCGCCUCUUCAAGUCUGUUCAGUGGGCGGGCCUGGUCGUCGAUGAAGGCCAGCGACUCAAGAACGACGGGAACCUGCUUUAUGGUGCUCUUCAGGCGAUGAAGAUCGAUUUCCGACUGCUACUGACGGGUACACCUCUGCAGAACAACAAGAGGGAGUUGUUCAACCUGCUGCAGUUCAUCGAUCCGACCAAGAAUGCUGCUGUCCUGGAUGCGAAAUACGAGGACAUCAACGCCGAGAACCUCCCAGAGAUUCAUUCCCUCAUUCGUCCCUAUUUCUUCCGACGGACAAAGAACGAAGUGCUUUCCAAGAUCAUUCCUCCUAUGGGCCAGAUUAUCGUCCCCGUCACGAUGACUUCGUUGCAGGAGAAGCUUUGCAAGUCUAUCAUUGCCAAGAAUCCCGACCUGAUCCGCUCAAUUUUUGCCAAGGGCAAGAUGAAGGCCACUGAGCGCGGUAGCCUGAACAACAUCCUCAUGCAGCUGCGCAAGUGCCUCUGCCAUCCUUUCGUGUAUAGCCAAGCUAUCGAGGAGCGAGUCUCUGACCAAGAGGCUCUACACCGCAACCUGAUCGAGGCGUCAUCUAAGCUACUCUUGCUGAACAUUAUGCUGCCCAAGCUCAAAGCGCGAGGCCAUCGAGUCUUGCUGUUCAGCCAGUUCCUUACGGAGCUUGACAUUAUCGAAGACUUCCUGGCUGGUAUUGGCUUGUCCUACCAGCGCUUGGACGGAAGUAUGUCCAGUCUCGAGAAGCAGAAACGCAUUGAUGCUUUCAAUGCGCCCGGGUCUGAAUUUUUCGCCUUUCUUCUUUCCACUCGGGCCGGUGGCGUGGGCAUCAAUCUUGCCACCGCUGACACUGUCAUCAUCUUAGAUCCUGACUUCAACCCCCAUCAGGAUAUCCAAGCCUUCUCUCGAGCGCACCGCAUCGGUCAGAAGAAGAAGGUCCUCUGCUUUCAACUCAUGACGAAGGACAGCGUGGAGGAGAAGAUCAUGCAAAUCGGUCGCAAGAAGAUGGCACUUGAUCAUGCACUCAUUGAGUCAAUGGAUGUCGAAGACGAUGCAGGAAACGACCUCGAGUCCAUCCUGAAACAUGGUGCCGAAUCCCUCUUCGACGGUGAGAAGAAGGACGUCAUUACUUACGACUCGGCUUCGGUGGAUAAACUUCUGGACCGAUCGCAGAUCGAAGAGACAAAGACGGAUGUCGAGAAGUCUUCCGAGUCGCAAUUCUCAUUUGCCAGAGUCUGGACUAACGAUGCGGGCGAACUUGCUGAUGAUCUCGAAGUGCGUGAGGUAAAAGACACAGGUGAUACGAGCGUCUGGGAUAAGAUUAUCAAGGAGCGCGAGGAAGCAGCUCGCCUACUUGCCGAGCGCGAGAAGGUCACCUGGGGUCGAGGUGGACGGAGGCGUCAGGCUGUUCGAUACUCUGCGCCAAAGAACAACUACUACGGUCUCGAGGAUGGCCAAAAUGAUGGUCUCGACCCCGACGACGAAGAGUCCGAUGUCGAUGCUGACUUCAUUAAUAAUGGUGUCGACUCGGCCGAGGAGAGUGACCCUGAUGCCAUGAAAGGCAUCGAGCGUGGCGACCAGGGACGCAAGCCAGGAGGCAAGCCACCAAGCACCAAGUCUCAAGCCCCUAGGACCGUCGACCUCACAGGGCAAGAGCCCCAGAUCCAGAGGCGCCAAGGACAAGUCGUCUCCGGCCGCGAAACUCCCGUCCAGGCCCCCAAGAUCCCCUACCGAGGAGCAGGAGGAGGUGGCCAAUUAGGGCCGACCCUACCCGCGAAGCAACCCGGACCCGUCCAGACAAUGCCUCCGGUUCCUCCUUCUCAUGUACAACAGCAACCGAUACCGACAUCGAAUUUGCCUGCGCCAUCGAAGGCGAAGCAGGCCAUGCAACCGCCCAAGGGCCAACGCCGACCUCGCAAUCCUACUUUAGCCCCCUGCAAGUCCUGUUUUUGUUUGCAUUUGCCAACCGCCAAGUGUCCGGACCUCAGUUCAGAGGUGGACCUGCGGCUGGCCAUCGAUGCCUUUACCUUUGUGCCACAGAAGUACCUCAAGUUUCCGGAAGCCCAGGAGGCUCAAGAGGCCCUCCGGAGCAGGUUACGCGAGUUGGUCACACAGGGUGGAGGCUCAAAGGGAUCCUAG